UCAGAAGGCAUGGGAUAACAUUAGUGUUGAAGUUCUCGGGAAAUAUAUUGACACUUUGCCAGAGAGAUGUGCUGCUGUAAUUGCUGCAAAAGGUGGACAUAUCAAAUAUUAAAGUUAAAAGUGGAUAAAAACAGUAGGAUUCACUUAAUCUGAUAUGUGUUGUGCUCAGAGCAAGCAUCUGCAUGUUUCGUGAACAUUAUGAAAUUAGAUCAUGUUUUGGAGGCAAAAAAAAGGUCAAUAUUUUCAGAUCUAUCAGGUGUUCUAAUAAUGUUGGCCACCACUGUAAUUCAAUUAAGGUCUUUUUGCAUUGGGUUGGUUGCCCUGAUGACACCAGGCAUUGACAUUGAAGAAUUAUGGAAAUACAAUUUUUAUCAAAGUGCCCUCACUGAUUUGUCAUUUUUCUUUUUUAGGAGCAAGACCAGGAGCAUGAAGGCAUGCAAGAAGAGCUAGAAAAUGACAAAGUAGCCGGGUCUUGUAAGUCAGAGCCCCUUAAAGAAGAGCACCCAUCUGAAGAGGAGCAAGCUUCCGUCGAGGACGGUCAGAACAACGUUCCUGAGGAAGACAAUGCGUGCGACCUCGUUAGAGCCGAUGAGGCCGUCGAUAUGGAGCCAGAAAUGUCCACGGCAUCUCGCGAUCUCGAAAAGGAUGUGGCCAUGUCUAACAAGGCCGUAUUGCAAGGUGAGGACGAGCAAGUCGUUCGCGAAGAAGACAUGGACGCUCAAACUGAAACUGAAAGCACUCAGGCUAGUGCUGUUGAGAAGGGCUCAAACGACAUUGAGGGCACUGUUGAUUCAGAAACGGGCUCUAAAGCCGAGAGCGAGAAAGCGAACGCGAAGACAGAAGAGUCUGCUGCAGAGGCAACGGCACUGAAAGAGUCCUCUUCUGUUGAGGGUGAUGAUCAGAAAAAGAGUUCUGAUGAUGAAAAAGCUAGCAAGCCCGAGUCUAAGGAUGAAAAAGCCCCAGCAGGUAGUGGGAGAAACCUGUGGGUUAGCGGCCUAUCUUCUACCACCAGAGCGACAGAUCUGAAGAACUUGUUCAGCAAAAAUGGCAAGGUCGUUGGUGCUAAAGUGGUAACCAAUGCCAAAAGCCCAGGUGCUCGCUGCUAUGGCUUUGUCACGAUGAGCUCCACAGACGAGGCGACCAAGUGCAUCAGCCACCUGCACAGGACAGAGCUGCAUGGGCGAAUGAUCUCGGUGGAAAGAGCCAAGAAUGAGCCUGCCGGUAAGAAACCAGCUGAUAAAAAUGACACAAAGAAGUCUGGUAGCGAGCGCCGUCAUUCUUCAGACUCCAAGUCUGAAAAGACUGACGUUAAGGAGGAGAAGGUAGAGGGGUCUGAGGAAUGCACAGACGCAGACGCAAAAGGGCGGGAUGAAAGGACAGUGGUCAUGGACAAAUCCAAAGGAGAGCCUGUCAUCAGCGUGAAAACUAAGAGCAAAGAGAGGAGCUCCAAGAGCCGCGACCGCAAGUCCCCCAGCAAGGAGAGGAAAGACAUCCUGUCCUUCGACCAGAUCAAAGAGCAGCGUGAGCGAGAGCGCCAGAGGCAGCGCGAGCGCGAGAUAAGGGAGGUGGACAGGCGCAGGCAAUCUGGGUAUGACAAACAUGACCCUGUCUCUGAGAACAGCGACCGUGACCGUGACAGCCGAGCGGAGCGCGAGCGCAUCCGCUUGUUCCGUGAGCGGGAGGAGAAGGAACGCCUGUUGCGGAAGCGCAACUGGCUGGAGGUGGAGAAGCAGCGGCUGGACGCCGACCGCAUGGAGCGGGAGUUCCUGGAGCGCGAGCGGGUGCGCGUGGAGUACGAGCGUCGGCGCGAGCAGGAGCGUAUCCACCGCGAGCGCGACGAGCUCCGCAGGCAGCAGGAGCAGCUGCGCUUCGAGCAGGACCGCCGGCCCCUCAAGCGCCACGCGUACGACAUGGAUGGCAGGGUUCCUUCCAGGAAAGAGGAGUGGCCCGAGAAACGAAUGGCCAUGGAUGACCGGUACGGACGCUCGGAUUUCGGACGGCAGGACCGUUACCAGGACUUCGACCACAGGGAACGUGGCGGUCGCUACCAGGAUGACGCGCUCGGUGACAGGAGGGAGACUCCCCGACCCGUUGCGGGUGAGCGAGAUGGACAGCACUUCUCAGACCGUGACAGACACGGCAGAGACUCCCGUGAAUCAUGGACUGGUGGAUAUGAGAAGCGUGGUGGCGGCAUAACCCCAAGAGAUGGCCGAGAUUGGGAGGCCGGACGCAAAUUGGAUGGUGACAGAAGUUGGCCAGGUGGAGAGCGAAGCCUGCCUGCUCAGACCCACAUGGCCAGAGGAGGAAUGGCCAGUCGUGGUGGAUAUAUACCAACGGGAACGUCACAGUCAAUGUCUGGAGCGUUAAAUCGGCCAAAUCAGAUGAUGCAGGGCGGCAGUGGGAUACAAGGAGGAGCAUUUGGUCGCCGAUAUUAAUUGCCAUCACUCACUUUGGUUUUUUCUUUUGAGUAUCGUGAUGCUUGGCAGCUUGUACAUUGCUUAUGCAGGCUUUGUAAAUUGAAGAUAAGCCUUUUUUUAAAAACAAAAUUUGUCUUUCUCUUAAACAAGGAAGCCCCCACAAACACGAAUGUCUACCUGAGUUUUUAAUGUUGCUGUUUUUCCUUAUUUUUUUAUUUAUUUUGUUGUUUUUUUUGUUUUGUUUUUGUUUUUUUUGUAAACAACUUUCAUUCCAGUUGUCUUAUUUUUCUCUUGAGUGUUGGGGUGACAAGUGUGAUGUGAAAGUGUGACAAGAGACACUCAGGAAUGAUCUGGAACCCUGUUGUCAGCAUUGUGGAUUGUGUGUGUCACUCGUGUUAUGGAUGCGUUUUAAAUAAUAAUAAAUUCAGAAACUUA